GCAGUCCUUGCGACCAUCUCACACUUUCCUUCCUAAUAUCCUAGUCGUGAUGCACCGCAUCGCCCUCAGAAACACUGUACGCGCUGCAGUGGUCGCGGCUGCCCCCAAAGCUGCACUCCGCGCUACUCCUGCUGCUUCUCGCUCCUACGCCACUGCGAAGGCUGCUGCGUCUGAGGUGUCCUCCAUUCUCGAGUCGCGGAUAGCUGGUACUGCCGUGGGUGCGAAUGUUGAGGAAACCGGCCGUGUCUUGAGCGUCGGUGACGGUAUUGCACGUGUCUGGGGCCUCAGGAAUGUCCAGGCCGAAGAGAUGGUUGAGUUCGCUUCUGGCGUCCGUGGCAUGUGCUUGAACUUAGAGGCGGACAACGUUGGUGUCUCCAUCUUCGGUAACGAUCGUGACAUCAAGGAAGGCGAUACUGUCAAGCGUACCGGUCAAAUUGUUGAUGUCCCCGUUGGUCCUGAGCUCCUUGGCCGUGUUGUCGACGCCCUCGGUAACCCCAUCGAUGGCAAAGGCCCCAUCAAGACCUCUGAGCGUCGCCGUGCUGCUCUCAAGGCUCCCGGUAUUCUUCCCCGUCGUUCCGUCAACCAGCCCAUGAUGACGGGUAUCAAGCCCAUCGACGCUAUGGUUCCCAUUGGUCGCGGCCAGCGUGAGCUUAUCAUUGGUGACCGUCAGACUGGCAAAACCGCUGUCGCCAUUGACACCAUCCUCAACCAGAAGCGUUGGAAUGAUGGCAAGGACGAGACCAAGAAGCUCUACUGUGUCUACGUCGCCGUCGGCCAAAAGCGCUCUACUGUCGCUCAGCUUGUCCAGACCCUCGAAGAGAACGAUGCUAUGAAGUACUCUAUCAUCGUUGCUGCCACCGCCUCCGAGGCUGCUCCUCUUCAGUACCUUGCACCUUUCUCGGGCUGCGCCAUGGGCGAGUGGUUCCGUGAUAAUGGCAAGCAUGCUCUAAUUAUCUACGACGAUUUGUCCAAGCAAGCCGUCGCUUACCGUCAGAUGUCUCUCCUGCUUCGUCGUCCCCCGGGCCGUGAGGCUUACCCCGGUGAUGUCUUCUACCUCCAUUCUCGUCUCCUUGAGCGUGCUGCGAAGAUGAACGAUAAGUUCGGCGGAGGAUCCCUCACUGCCCUGCCCAUCAUUGAGACCCAGGGCGGUGAUGUCUCUGCUUACAUUCCCACUAACGUCAUUUCUAUCACCGACGGCCAGAUAUUCUUGGAGGCUGAGCUCUUCUUCCGUGGUGUCCGUCCCGCCAUUAACGUUGGUCUUUCCGUCUCGCGUGUCGGUUCCGCUGCCCAAACCAAGAUUAUGAAGAAGUUUGCUGGUUCGCUCAAGCUCUACCUCGCUCAAUACCGUGAGGUCGCCGCCUUCGCCCAGUUCGGUUCCGACUUGGAUGCGUCGACUCGCUUCCUCCUUUCUCGUGGUGCCCGUCUCACUGAGCUCCUUAAGCAGGGUCAGUACCAGCCACUCGCCAUGGAGAUCCAGGUCCCCAUCAUCUACGCUGGUGUCAACGGUCUCCUCGACCCUAUCCCCGUCGAUCAAAUCACCAAGUGGGAGGCUGAGUUCCGUGAGCACCUCUCCGCCACCCAGGGUGCCCUCCUCUCCGAGAUCGCCCAAGGCAACAUCACUCCUGAGCUCGAGGCCAAGAUCAAGAAGAUUGUUGAGGAGCACGUCGGCGCCUUCACUUCAUCGUAGAUGACAGAAUUGUUCGACUUAGAUUCUGCUACACGGCAUCCAAAAAUCUCAUGCUUAGCUAGUCUACGUGCUAUCCCUUCAAGAUGAGAUGACUUGGACAGUUUUAUUUGUUUCAUGCACGCUGCCAAGCAGAGUGGGGCGCUAUUGUUGAAUUGCCCCGUGGAGAGGAAAAGUGGAAGUGCGGAUCGUACACUCAACGUCAUGACAGGGUAAAUCCAAGGAAUUUAAUUGCACGUGCCGUCAGUGUUUCCCUGGCUCGUCGUCUUCCGAGUCGGAGCCGCUCUCAAAUACGUAGCUGUCCUCGUCGAAGUCUUCAUCGUCAUCAUCCUGUCCCUCGUCCAUACGCUGCUUGAGCAUCUCGAGCAGCUCAUGGCACUCGUUGAGGUGCGCCAUGACGAUACCCUGGCCCUCCGGUAUCGAGCCAUCAACACCGACGAACUUACCAUCCUUGCGCAUGGAGUCGAUUUGAUGCAGUGCGAGUUGGUAAGGGUAAAGGUCGCGCGGGCUGAAUGGUCCACCAUACUUAAGCACUUCGUUCAAGCACUUCUUCACUGUGGAAAGCUUGUUUGCUAUUGGCAUCAGCUCCUCUGAGACUGGCUCACUGGACGAAAGCAGUCGGUAGAUGAGACCGUAGCAUCUUCUCAGAAGGUAGAGCAGAACAUAUUGUCCUACUGGAGUAUGCCCCUCCGCGUCCGUAAACUUGCCGUCCACCCGCAUUUUGUCGAUCUCUUGCAGACUUAGGCUGUAAUUCCACAGGUCGGUCUCCCGCAGACUCCACCGGUGGGUCAUGACUAGGCUUUCGAGUUCUUUCCGUAUCUCGGUGAGGCGGUCGUAGAUUGGUUUGAGCGAUGACGAGACGUUCUUCGACUCGUCCAGCGCUCGAAUCUCUUGCACUAUUUCAAAACAUUCUUCCAACAGGGAGGAACAAAUAGCCUGCGAAGGAGGAAACGUCCCUCCCGGACCCAUGAAUUUGCCGUCCACACGUUUUGAAUCGAUCUUUCGUAACUCCUCAGUUAUAGGCUUCAGUUCCGCCUUCACUUUCAGCGUAGGCACAGGCUCAGGGUUGGGCAUGUCCUUCGUCGGGGUCUUAGACUCCACCUCGGACUCGAGCGACUCAUCCUCUGGGGGCUGCGCCUGCGCAAGUGCUCGCGGCUUGAUGGCUGGGCCCCUGGCGGCCGCCUCCGCGGCAGUCCGCGCAGCGGCCGAAGCCUGACUGGCAGUCUCCUUGGCGGCGAGUGCGACCAGCUGCCGUCGGAUGUUGACGAGGCGUUCAUGUAUGGGGAAUCAGCUCGGGCGAAAGCACCGACAGGGAGUCCUGCAGGCUCCGCAAAACAUUGUCACAUUCGUUGAGCUGCCGCUCAAGUAGUGUCGUCAUCGACAUAGGAUGUUUUCCGCUAUCCGCAUCCUGCUGGACGAUCUGCCGAAGUUCCGCUAUUCGGCGGUGAAAUGGUGCAAGGUCCGCCUCGUUGUAGAUGCCGGACUCGUUCAUAUGGUCGAGAAUUUGCCGCAUGCUGGCAAUCUGGCUAUAGGUAGCCGGGCAUUCCCUCGUCUUGCCUAUCGUAAGGUAGAAGAGGGACAGAAGAUUGAACACGUCUGCAAGGGUGGUGUCCAGUCGGUUGUUGUAGAUCGUACGGUCGUCGCGCACUUCGUUCAGACGCGUCACUUGCUUGACGAUCUGCUGGUAUAGGUUGUUGACGUCUGACGCCUUGAUGUAUUCACCUCGAUUCUUCUUGAGAGCAGUAAGACGGUUGCGGAUAUUUAUGAUAGCCUCCAAUAUAGGCAGCUCCUCCUGAGCCACCGGUGCGGCCAUCCUGAGUUAUCAGGGCGACGUAAUGCGGGAUCAACGGCGGAUCUAAUGACCAGUGAUGAUAGCUGGCUAUUUGCGAUGCUCUGCGUGAUUCUGGAGGCAGAGGCUGGUUGCUGGGAGUGAAA